AUGGAGGAUGGACCAGAAACAGACAUGAGACCACCUUGCUUGGAGCCAGACGUGACCUUCGUUGUGGAGCAGACCGAGAUCCGGGCACACAAGCUCGUGCUAGCCAUGCAAUCGCCGGUCUUCGCCGCGCAGUUCCGCUGGCAGACGAAUGAUGGUGCUGCUGCCACGCGCGUCGUCAUCGAAGACAUGAGAGCCUCCACCUUUAGGGCCAUGCUCCGCUUCAUCUACACCGAUGAGCUGCCCAUCAAACCAACAAGCAAAGACCAGCCUGCUUGCAAACAGAUAUAUGCGGCGAGGCGCCGUGAAGCCAUGGCACGCGACCUGCUCGUGGCUGCGGAUCGACACAAGAAUUCCAGGAGCUCAUCAUCAAAGAAAGCUGCACCUAGCUCUUUGAUAACCGAGAUCAUGGAAAGAGUAGCCGCACAUAACUCCUCGUCCUCGGACCGUGUCAAUGGCCUGCCACCUGGGAAGACCUGGUCUACUUAUAACAUGUCUCAAAAAGUGCAUGGCGUGCACGAGUUCAGGAUACCCAACUUCCGUUCCGUUCAGAGCAGCCAUGGUGUUGGCCAUGUGAUCCAUUCGGGUGCUUUCCACGUCGGCGGUUACAACUGGAGGAUAGAGGUGAACCCAUCAGGAGAUGCGGGAGAGGACCAAGGGAACAUAUCUGUGUACCUCAGGCUGUUGACUGAUCCUCCGGACCGUGGUGUCGAGGUGUCCAGCACCUUCAAGAUCUUUGACCCAAGAAGGAAGUCAACCAUGGCCAUAGAUUACGUGGAACAACAAAUAUGUGCAGUAUAUGCCGGAAACAAUGAAGGUUGGGGACUUGGAAGGUUAAUCACCUUAGAGUCUGCAAAAUCAAAGUACCUAGCACAUGAUGGCUCCUUAACCAUACACUGCAACGUUGCUCUCAUCACGAAUCCCUACACUAUUACGUGCUCUCCCACAACCAGGGCCAUGAUUACCGUGCCGGAGUCCAGCAUCGCAUCGCAACUUGGGAAGCUGCUGGCCAUGCUCAACUUUGCCUACACCGACAAGUUGGAACCUCUAGUUAGCACAGGGGCGGCAGGAGAGAUGCUCGGGGCGGCAUGUCGGUUCGGCCUGGACAGGAUGAGGGCCAUAUGUCAAAACUUCUUGGCUGAGAACAUCUCAAAAGAUAACGCAUUAGACAUGUUGAAGCUGGCUCACUGUCACAAUUGCUCCAAGCUCGAGGACUGUUGCAUCGAGUUCAUUCGGCCUUGGCCACUCUUAGCCAAGGAGGCGAAGAAAACGGUGAGCAUCCUUCAGGCUACACCUACCCUAGUAGAAAAAGGGUCAAAUGUGAGACAUAUUAGUGCCGGUUUGCAUUUGAGCCGGUACUAA